AAUGUAUGGAUGUUAAACGGCAUUUAAAAUUGUUAACUAAUGCAUUUGUUUUUAACCUUGUGGAUAAAAAGUAGUAUUUGAAAAUAGGAAUUUGUAUAAAGUUAGUGCAGUAAAUAGGAAAAUAUAAUUUUAUCAAGAUGAUCUUAACAUUUUUCUACUUGAUAGCAACAUCAAUUCAAUCCAGAAGAAUUUUAUUUUUAAAAACACAUUUGUACAAAUUGUUUCAAGGAAAUACAAGUAAUUAUCCAUCGAUUAUGUUUUAUAAUAAAACAUCAUUAAAUGCUUGCAAAGAAUCAAAAUCACGUGUAGAUGACUAUACGAGUGAUGAAUUUAUGACUUCUUAUUUAUGUGAGAAUAAAAAUGAUGCUAGACUUGAAGAAUUAUUAUGGUAUCGUGGUGAUACAAGAUUGUGCACUAUAUAUCCUCAACAAAGAGUUGACAUCUCGAGUUGGUUAACGUAUCAAUAUGGAAAAACGUACUUUCCUUUAUAUACAAAUAAUCACUGUGGAACUUUAUUCCAUUCAGAAUACAAACUUUAUAUUCUUGUUGAAGCUGAUCUUGAGAGCUAUAAACCUCUAGCAGCAACUAAAGCCACAAAGGUUGAGGAUUAUGGUAUAAUUAUUACAUGGACGGCCGAUAAAAAUAUUGAUUUAAUCAUAGAAUCUGAUUUAGAUAUGGUAGCAAAACUUUUUAUUGCAGCGAUGGAAGGUCAAUGUUACAUUAAUAAUGGCUUAUUAUUGAAACGUAUAGAAACUGUCUUGAUAUCAGGAAAACCUUGCCUUUACAAUAAUGACUUAUUGAAUUCAUCUCCAACUAAAAAAUUUAUAGAUAAAGCAGAAUGGGAAUUACAUAUAGAAAAAUUAAGAUUAUUAAGCAACACUGCCAAGGUAGCUACAGAACAAUGUAAACCACUCGAAGUCAAAGAAUUUCCAGCUGUAAUAGUGUAUCCGGAGAAUACAGAGAUUAUCACAGAAACACAUCUUCAACGACAAGCAGUUUCAAGUGAAACUCUAGAAAGUACAACCAGAAGUCAAGCUUCAACACCAAUUUCAACAAAAUCAUUUCAACAAGAGGGCGAACCAGUAUCAAGUACAAUGCAAGAUUCUACUAAUGAUUUUAUUGAACGUCAAGGUGUAUCACGAUCUGGUAGCAAGUCACUUGAUACACUUGAUAACUUGGAAGAAAUAUCACAAAUUAAACAGUUUAGACAAGUAUCUUGCACUGAUAUCAAAGAUAUGAGUAAAUCUAAACCAAAAACAUUUUAUGAUGCUAAGGAUAGUAAUGUAGCAUUAUCUACAUCUAGCUUUAAAAGUUCAGCGGCAGAAAUAACAACGCAAUUACUAAACAAGAAUGUAAAACCACCAAAUGUUCUAAUAUAUGCUGACAGUGUUGUUGCAUGUAAUAAUGUGAAGGAUGUAUUAGAAGAAUCUCUUGGCACAGAAAAAUAUACUAUUUACACAAUGACUUCGGAAGAAGUGCGCAAGGACGCGUGGAUAGAUAAUGCAGUUUUAGUUGUUGUUUGCGGAAAUGUUGGGAAUGAAAUUGGAAAUCAGAUUGUUGAAUAUAUUCUUCGUGGUGGUAAACUUCUCGCUUUGUGUUCGGAUAUCAUUCACAUUUUACUUCCAUCGUUUAAAACGGCAGAAGUACGUGAAAACGAACUCGUUCAUUUCUCUUAUGGAAAAUGGAAGCACGUACGCAUGAUGCAUCAUAUCUUCUGUUAUCAAGCAUCUCCUGUAAGGACGAGAUUUUCUCAAGAUCACGAGGAUGUAAAAAUGUCCAGUGUGUCUCCUCCAUCUUCAGCAAAUGUGCAAGAUAAGAAAGGAAAUUCUUAUUCAUUUGAAGUGAAAGUGCUGGGAACAGAGGAAACAUGGCAUACACCAAGCAUCUUAUUGGCAAUACUUUCUGGAAGAGGUGGCAAGGUCGUCUUUUCACAAAUACAUUUGGAAGUGGAUCCGAUGCAAUAUGAACUUGAAGAAAGCAAAUUUAGUGCUCUAAAAGAAAGUAAUGCUAUUAGAUUGGAAAUAUUUAAAGAUUUAUUAAGUACACAUCUUGGAAUAGAACUUUGUGGUACAUCACAAGUAUCUGUUACAUACACACCAGCUUUCUUUUUAGGACGACAUGAGUUAAAACUCGAAAUGUUAGAGAGGUUGAAGGAUAUCAUGCAGUCAGAUGAUACUUUGAAAACGUCAGAGUUAGAGAUUCAGUUUUGUCGAAGCAGUACGGUUCCUCGUUCAGCAUCAGCUUCAUAUCUUCCUAUUAUGUUACAUCAAUGUCCAAAUAAUUUCUCAACUGUAGAAUAUUUUGAGAAUUUAACUACGAAAGAUUUAGGUCGUUUAGUAAUAUAUGCAGAUAUAAUGACAUCAUCCAUGGAUGUAGUAAAUGGUCGUCCAUUUCAACAUGGUUUAGCUAUUAUUGUUCGUCAACAGACUAAAGGGCGAGGAAGAGGAAAAAAUAUAUGGUUGAGUCCAAAAGGAUGCGCAAAUUUUACUUUGCAACUUCAUGUGCCUGUUAAUACAAUACUUGGAACUCGUAUUUCAAUUUUGCAACACUUGGUUUCUGUUGCAAUUGUGUCUGCAAUUAAAUCUUUACCUGGAUACGAGGAGAUUGAUCUGCAAUUAAAAUGGCCUAACGACAUUUACUUUGGUAAUAAUAUUAAAAUUGGAGGUAUGAUUGUAAGCGCACACGCAACAUCAAAUCUUACUGUCUGUAAUGUGGGUGUCGGUGUCAAUUUAUCUAAUCAAAAUCCUACAUGUUGUAUUAAUGACAUAGUUAACAUAUUUAAUGAAAAGUAUCAUAAAAAACUACAAACAAUAUCAUAUGAAUUAUAUUAUGCCAUUGUAUUUAAUGCGAUUGAAAAAUGGUUCAACAUUGUACAAAAUGGUGAUAUAGAUCUCUUCUUGGAUGCUUAUUAUACAUAUUGGAUGCACACCGAUGCGAAUGUGACAGUCGUAUCAGCCUCAGGCGCAUCACAAAACGUUAAAAUAUUAGGUAUAGACGAGUUUGGAUAUUUACGCGUACGAGACGAGGACGGUAGUAUAUUUACCGUACAUCCUGAUGGUAACAGUUUUGAUUGUCUGAAAGGACUUAUAGUCCCUAAAUAAUUGGAAUCUCAUAGAAUUAUAUACGACUUUGUUGAAUAUAAUUCAAUAAUUAAUUGUAUAUUGUUGUUCUUUUUUAUUUUUAUACGUCGUAUGCAUGUACGUUAAAUUGUUAUAAACUGAAACGUAAUCGGAAAGUAGAUUGUUCAAUUUGCUAUUCUAGUUUAUUAUUUAUUGAUCGUCGCCUAUGUAUAAAACUAUACUUGUUCGAAUUGACAUGUUGUUACACGUUUUGAUCUAAUAUUUUAUUCGGAAGAGAAACAAUAAAGCACUUUGUUAAGCAAUGAAGAAUGACAAAAGUACA